GUGGUAAAUAAAAACUCUUCAGAAUAUGUGAUACCACUUUUAUUCCCUGAGAGAGGGACUUGCUAAGUUGAGGUAUACAAAGACUUAGUUGUGCGAAAAACUUUUCUCCCUGUUCUCACAGCCUAAGCGAAAGCAGAGCUCAACAGCAGCAUGAAGAUCAUUACUACUCUAGGUCUACUCCUGGUAUCUGUCCACCUUGGACACUCCUUUCUAAUUGGAGCCUUCAACAUCAAAUCCUUCGGGGAUUCAAAAGCAUCUAAUGCCACCCUGCUUGACAUCAUUACCAACGUAGUACACCGGUAUGACAUUGUACUCAUCCAAGAAGUGAGAGACAGUGAUCUCUCUGCAACGAAUAAGCUGAUGCAAAGUGUGAAUGGAGGUUCCUCUCCAUAUGAAUACCAGUACAUUGUAAGUGAGCCCUUGGGUAGGAGCACUUAUAAAGAGAGAUAUCUCUUUAUUUACAGACGUCAGUCAGUGUCCGUUGCAAAAAGCUUCCUGUAUGAUGAUGGAUGUGAAUCCUGUGGAACUGAUACUUUCAAUAGAGAACCCUUUGUUGUGAUGUUCUCCUCUAAUACAGCUGUCCAGGAAUUUGCCCUCAUUCCUCAGCAUACAUCCCCAGAAGUGGCUGUGAUGGAAAUCGAUGCUCUGCAUGAUGUCGUCGUGGAUACUAGACAACGUCUGAACACAAAUAACAUCAUGCUUUUGGGAGACUUCAAUGCUGGCUGUAGCUACGUUUCGAUUUCAGAGUGGUCCAAAAUACGCCUCCGCACAGACCAAACUUACACCUGGCUCAUCCCUGACAGUGCGGACACAACUGUCACACACACCAACUGCCCCUAUGACAGGAUUGUGGCCACCUCUGACAUGAUGAGAGGAGUGUCUGCUGGAUCAGCGCAGGUCUUUGACUUCAUGCAUGCCCAUGGAUUGAGCCAGAGUUGGGCCCUGGCAGUGAGCGAUCACUUUCCGGUGGAGGUCAAGCUCCUGUGAAAAACAUCAGGGCUGUUCUCUCGCAGCAGAUAUACACUGCAAUGCUAAUGCCUGAUGUGUAGUGCUGUCUUAGACUUAAUAAAAAAAAAUAAGACAGUAUCAUUUUAUAGCUAUAAGAAA